CUACCAUCGGAAUAGGUCAUGUAGCCAGAUAUUAAAACAUAUAGUAAAUUUAUAACAGAAAAAUGAACUCGUACUACCCAGCAUCGCUUUUUGCUCAGUAUUCUAGUGAAAAUCACCAUGUUGGUGCUAAUGUAGGAUACGGAGGUGGAAAUUACGGACUAUUUGCAUCGAGAUUCGCGGAACAAAUGGGAUAUCAUAAUAGUACGUAUAAUAGUGAACAUCAGCGUCUUGCGAACAAUUAUCCCGCACACCAGAACCAUGACUCGAGCUCCGUCUACGCGAGGGAACACGGAUCCCACGGGGCGCUCCACGGCGGCCUCGGCGGCCGCGUCCCCAGCUACCCGCCGGGGGAAGAUCACGGACAGGCGCCGCACCGGAACUUUCCGAACUGUUCGACGGCCGAGGGGUCGUGGAACGGAACUUCAAAUUCGCCAGAUUCCACGCACAAUAGCGGCAGUCCGUACUCGUCAAGUUUGGACGCACAAAACGGAAACUGUUCCGUGCUUUCGAAAGAUUUGAAAGAACCGCAGAGUCCGGCGGAAUCCUCGACACCAUACUACCCGUGGAUGGGAAUCGUAGGUCCAAAUUCGGCACAGCGAAGAAGGGGGCGACAAACUUACAGUCGAUACCAGACUUUGGAACUCGAAAAGGAGUUCCAGUUUAAUCAUUACCUCACAAGGAAGCGACGAAUCGAAGUGGCCCACUCACUUUGUCUAACAGAGAGACAGAUUAAAAUCUGGUUUCAAAAUCGCAGAAUGAAAAUGAAAAAGGAACGCCAGUCGAUAAAGGACUUAAAUGACGCUUGUGUUAAACCUAAAAGUGGUGACAGUGCGAGUAAAAGUUCAGAUGUGAAAGGUGACGAUGACGAUAAAAGUAUAGAUAGUGACGAUUCUUCGUAGAGGGAUAUGUGAUGUUCUGUAGCUGUUCUAAACAGAAUGGGAAAAUACAAACAGGGCCGCGGCGUUGAUUGGUUGAAAAAACAACGGGAGUUAUGUUUGUGAAGUUUGGGGUUUCAAUCCAAUACGAACAUGCAAGAAGACGUUCAGAAGUGGUCUACCGAUAAAGUGACCCUCUUUUGCAUAUUAGUGUGCAUAAUAUUGACACAUGUAAAGUAUGUGAUUUAACUGAGUAAUUCUUUUCUGAGAUGGCAUUCUGUGUUUGAAGAUGCACAGUAAUGGAUGAUUGAUUACAAAAAUCAGGGACGAUUAUGAUUGCAAUAGUUAUGUACAAUUGACAACAAAAUACACUAAACAUGAUAAUAUACCACAAAGGAGGUGGUGCAUGUAUACCUGGUCAGUUUUAUAACGAGAAGUAGUUAAGUAGUAGGGUUAGUUACCUGGUUAGACGAGAAAUUAGAGGGAAUUAUGGGGCAGGGCGAAAGGCUUGGUUGUAAAAGGGUAGAUACUAGCUGGUAGGACAGGGUACAAAAAUAAAAUUGUAAUGAUAGUGAAAAAUGUUCAUUUGCUAAAAACAACGUUGUUGAAAAAUAUCAUCCUUUGAGGGUUUUCGUUGACAAUUGUUUACAGGGUACUAUUUGCUAAUGUACACACUUUUGCACAAAAAAUGUAAAUUAAUUUUAUGUCGACUAAAUGGGUAUAACUUACUUACUAUCAGCAAACGGAAAAUGAACACUGAACUUACUUUGUUUGUGUAUAUUGUAUGAUUCACAAUUAUACAUUGACAUGUGUUAUACAACUAUGAUAAAAUUCAACAGUCGUA